UCAGCGCGCUCUCGCAGUCUAUUUUGAAGGCAGGCGAUUGGAGCACAGCGCGGGGGUGAGGACGCCCGCCGUCAGCGUACACGCUACCCUACUCAACCAUAAACCUGUCAUUACAAGACAUAUCAGGCUUUUUUUGAGCGCAAAAUCGAGGUGAAUAUCUAGGACGCUCUAGCUCGCUGAAUCAAGGACGAUUUUUAAUUCUUAAAACGUGUCCGAGUCCGAGACGGGAAGACAUGGCCACGACUACAUGUACGCGCUUCACGGACGAAUAUCAGCUGUACGAGGAGCUGGGCAAGGGAGCGUUUUCAGUAGUGCGACGAUGUGUGAAGUUGAGCACGGGCCAAGAAUACGCCGCCAAAAUUAUCAACACCAAAAAACUCUCCGCGAGAGACCAUCAGAAGCUCGAGCGGGAAGCUCGAAUCUGUCGUCUGCUGAAACACCCCAAUAUCGUUCGUCUGCAUGACAGUAUAUCAGAGGAGGGCUUCCACUACCUACUCUUUGAUUUGGUGACUGGAGGUGAACUGUUUGAAGACAUUGUAGCCAGAGAGUACUACAGUGAAGCAGAUGCCAGUCACUGCAUCCAGCAGAUCCUGGAGGCGGUGCUUCACUGCCAUCAAAUGGGCGUGGUGCACCGAGACCUGAAGCCAGAGAAUCUGCUCUUGGCCAGUAAGUGCAAGAACGCCGCUGUGAAGCUGGCCGACUUUGGACUGGCCAUUGAGGUGCAGGGAGACCAGCAGGCAUGGUUUGGAUUUGCAGGGACACCAGGUUACCUGUCCCCUGAGGUGCUGAGGAAGGAAGCAUAUGGCAAACCGGUGGACAUCUGGGCCUGCGGUGUGAUUCUGUACAUUCUGCUGGUUGGAUAUCCACCUUUCUGGGAUGAGGAUCAGCACAAACUUUAUCAACAGAUCAAAGCGGGAGCUUAUGAUUUUCCAUCUCCAGAAUGGGACACAGUUACUCCUGAAGCCAAAAAUCUCAUCAAUCAAAUGCUAACCAUAAACCCUGCCAAGAGAAUCACUGCACAGGAAGCUCUCAAACACCCAUGGGUCUGCCAACGCUCUACUGUGGCUUCUAUGAUGCACAGACAAGAGACUGUGGAAUGCCUGAAGAAGUUCAACGCCAGGAGGAAACUCAAGGGGGCCAUCCUCACCACCAUGCUUGUGUCACGGAACUUCUCUGUGGGUAGCAGACAGACCACGGCUCCCGCCUCGGUCACUGCGGCUGCGGCUGCAGUAGCCGCGGCUGCAGGCACCACAGCAGGGCUGGUGGAACAAGCAGCCAAGAGCUUGUUGAACAAAAAAGCAAAAAAAAAGAAGCGGAAGUCGAGCUCUACCAUUCAGUACAUGCCCCAGACAAACAGCACCAAAAACAGCAUAGUCACCAGUCCCAAGGGAAACCUCCCCUCUCCUGCACUGGAGGCACAGACCACUGUCAUCCAUAAUGCAGUGGAUGGGAUUAAGGAGUCAUCAGACAGCAGUAAUGCCACAGUGGAGGAUGAAGAAAUGAAAGCUGCCACUAAGUUCACUGAUCUAUUGGGUGUGGUUCGUCGGGGCUCGGUGCCCACAUAUGAUGGUGAGGGGGGAAGCACUAUCACUCCAGCUGUUGUUUCUGCCCCCUCCACACCCCAGACCCCCAACAUUCCCACACAGAGUAAGUCCCUGAUGAACCAGCUUGCAGACAGGUUAUUCAGAAGAAGUUCUGCCGAGUCCAUGUUUAUUAGAAACUUGUCGAUCACUGCAUAUUGA